GCCUUUCGGGCUCCCGUGUGUCGUGUCGUGUGAGUCGUGAGAGACUGAGAGCGAGACAGCAACUUCGAAAGGCGGUUGAUGGUAGAUUGUGUUCAAUGCGUUGUGACUGUGUAAUUUCUCGUAUUAGUUGCAGAACGUGUCCGAAGUCCAUAAAGGUUUAUUGUUGCGUAAAAGUGCAAUAAGUGGUUUUAAAAAUGUCUUUAGGCCAGCUUACAGCUAACUAUGCGGACUCAGACGAAGAGCAGUUUAAUGAUUCAUUAGAGGAGAAGAAAUCGUCAAGCCGCCGCACCAGUUCUUCAACAAAAUCACCAGCUGACACUGGAAAAAGAAAAACCUCAGACGAUUUAGAGGAAAGUGAUACCAAAAGUAGUCACGUGGCACCAGAACUGCCUAAAUCACUGGAUACUUCAAGUACUUCUUUCACAGAACUGAGUGGAGUCAUAGAGGAUGAUGAAGAUGAUGCACCUCCACCAUCAUCUGCCAAAGCUUCCCCCAUCAACUCAAGAGUUGAGGAUCUGAGAGGCAGUGAAGGCAACGCUUCUGCCAAAGCCUCACCAGCCAGCAACACGUCAGGCUCCAACAAAGCUACGCCAGUUAAAAAAGUGAACAGACUCGUGUCGUAUGCUAAUGAGGAAGACGAUGCCAGUGAGGGGAGCAACUCUGAAGAUGAUGAGGUAUUGCACUCGGAGCCCAUGGACACCGGCACCGAUGAUGACACCAGCCAGCCACCAGGCACACAUUCCGGUGACUCUCGGAGUGCCUCGCGCCCCUCGUCUCCUGGUGGGGGCAUCACUGUCACGGCGUCUGGACUUGUCAUUAUUGAUGGCAUCAAACUGCCCCCUGCUCCUGUGGGCAAGAAGUGCUCUCAGGCUCUGCAGGAGAAGGUUGCGAAGGCGGUGGCUGCGGUGCAGCGGGGAGAGCAGAACUACAACUACUCAAUACAGCACAAGAAGGAGUUCCGCAACCCCAGCAUCUACGAGAAACUUGUAGAGCAUCUCAGACUUGACGAGAACGGCACCAACUACCCCGUAGCGCUGUAUGACCCGCACUGCUGGGGCAAGGAGAGCUUCUACGAAGAGCUGGCGAGAAUACAGAAAGAGGAGAUGGAAAAGAGGGAGAAGGAGAGGAAAGAGAGGACCAAGGUUGACUUCAUCGCUGGGACAAAGAAGGUUGUCGAGGAAGAAACGAAGAAGCGCAAGUCUCGCUUCGACAGCGGCCGCCCCGACAUGGCCACGUCCAUCGCCAAGCCCGUCGCCCUCAUGUCCACCCUGCCCGCCCCCACCUCCGCCCCCAAGACCACCAUUGAUGCUUUCGGCAGUCUUAAUAAGAAGCUCAAGUCCUAGUGACUCUUGGGCAUUAAGUUCUAGUGACUAGUAACUUGGGUAUCAAGCCCUAGGGACUAGUGACUGUUGGACAUCAAGUCUUAGUAUGACUAUUGAGUGUUAGCUAAGCCUCGAUGCUCACUAUAAAUAAAAAUUGUACAUUGUUAAGCUAAGUUUGUCAGUAUUUGUAUAAAAACUUGUAUAAGUUGUAUGGCUAUGCUUUGAUGUGUAGAUACUUCGUUUCUGUUCGGAAGAGAAAGAGAUAGUCAAUUCGACAAGAUCGACUCUUCGAAACAUUACAUUCUUUAGCUCCGUUCCAAUACAGCUCAUAAAUAUUAUUUUCUUGAUGGCAGCGUGACAUCAAUUGCAACCUAAUCUUUCACUUUGCUUUGGCUGAUGUAAAGUCAUCAAAUUGUCACCUUACUUGUGAUUGAAAUAAACUCGAGGUGAUGCACGAAUCGUCCAUGUCUGUGUAAAUAACUGUAGCUUAACAGAAAUGUCAGAUGUAACAUCCAUACUUUCACAUCUUUAUAUCCCCUCGAAGCUUCCCAAAAAUAUAAGUAGGCUUUUGUUGAGGAUACUUUGAUCUAAUGCAUUGCAAUGCUAUGUCUCAAUGAGGUUUUUUUGUCUGACUCCAUUGAAAAGAACUCGCAUGACGCCAGUUGCAAUUUCCAUGCCGCUACUUUGGCUCGUUUACUAGCGUUGCCCUAGCAUUAUUAUUGCCUUCACAUGAUCUCCUGUUAUGACGCGCCUGCAGUGCGUCAUCAGCUGAACAAUUUAUUUCAGCAGUUCACUGAAUAAAUAUCAUCUCUGCAGCGCAUACAUAGUUUGUACCUCUCCUUGCAUAUGUUUUGUUUGCCACGCUGAGGCUGUUCUCAGCCCGUGCUGCUGGUCAGAUCUGACCAUUGCCGCCCAGCCUGUCAGAUGGUCAGAUCAGCUACAGCAGUGGGGGGGGGGAACCAUCGCUUAGUCAAAGGUCGCUAAUAACGACCGUUGAAAUUCAUUUCUAAUUCCACUGUGUUCAUGUGCGAGAUUGUUACUAGAUAACGCCUGAUUUUCUCUUAAAGAAUAUUCGUUAUAUCUACUAAGAAGACCUGAUGACUUAGCGUAAAUUCAAGUUUAACAACCGCUUUCUGCUAUAGUGUGAAGUUUUAUAAAAGAUCUUCUUAUGUAGAAUAUUCUGGCAUUCCAGAAUUGGGUGGAGAGAACGAUGACCUCUUUAAAUAUUUCUGAUUGUAAUUCAAGUAAACGGAGCCACUUGUUAUCCAAAAUAUUUUAUGCUAUUUGAACAAGUGUAAAUUGUAAAGAGUAAAUGAAUGAUUAUUAGCUUCACUUUAGGAUUUUAUUCAUGGUUUUCAUUGCAAAAGAACGUCAAUGGAAAUGGUAAUGUCCAGUUCCCGACGCCGUCCGUGGUUCAGCCCUCACGAAUGCAGGUGAGAAACGCGUUCUCAUCCUGUCGUGAAUGAUGAAUAACUUGAAUGAAUAGCUAUGAAAGAUGAUUUACUAGAGUGAAAAGCAAUAAAUGUUAAAUAACUGGAGUGAAUAACUAUGAAUGCUGAAUAACUAGAGUAAAAGAGUACGGUCGCGGAGGGUGGGUGUGGUGACCCGCAGGGAGUGCCUGCCUGGCGCUAAGGGAUCACGAGCUGCUGGCCGUCCCUCGGUUACCCUCGCCGCCUCACUCCCUCGAAUAUUAUGGCCAUGUUAGGAAUACUA